UAAUACUAAAGUUAAGACGUUCUAGAACCUAGAGCUCUGUUGUUGUUGUUGUUGCUAAGCAACACUCCUUUGGAGCCAGCGUAGUUCACGUUAAAACCACACCUCUUUGUGACGUCAUACAGUGACCAACCCAACAGUCCUCUGCCACUCAUCGGAUCUUCAGAUCUCAGUGAGACACUCGGAGACAGAGGUGUUCAAUCGUCAGUCAACAGGUUUUCAACCUACUAUUGAAGCAUUGUUUACCACUAUGGAUCAUUAUUCUGCCCACAGUUCUGCACACGCUGCAGCUCUGGAAACAGAUUCAGAGAAAUAUCUGGGCAUGGCACCAUGGACAGUGUCAAAUUUGCUUAAAUCAACCAAACGGAAAGCUGUUUCUGAUUAUGAAGUUCCCAGGAAAAGAAUUAGGAUUUCUGAAGAAGAGAUCCAUCUUAGCCACGAUCAGAAAAAAAGACUGAACGCGUUAAAGAGGCAUCUACGUGACGGGUCUGAGAAAGCCUCGUCUCCAGAAAUAGGGAACGUCUUUUCUGACAAUAAACCUCCCAGGAAAAGAAUUAGGAUUUCUGAAGAAGAGAUCCAUCUUAGCCACGAUCAAAUCAAAAGAUCGAACGAGUUAAAAAGGCGUCUACGUGAUGAAUCUGAGAAAGCCUUGUUUCCAGAAAUAGGGAACGUCUUUUCUGACGAUAAACCUCCCAGGAAACGAACUAGGAUUUCUGAAGAAGAGACUCUUCCUACAAAACACCAGAUUCAGGUCAAAUUAGACGGAUUCCCUAAAAGAGAAUCGAAAAGCCUUUUCUCUCCUCACAGUGCCUGGGCUUUAGCUAAAAGUCUAUUUAAAACCAAAUAUAAACAGCAGGAUCAGCUUGGUGAAGGAGGCUGUGGAUCUGUGUACGCUGGAUACCGGAGGUUUGACAAGUUACCAGUAGCAAUCAAACACGUACCGAAGAAAAACAUUGUCUGGACAGACGCAGAUGAGAAUGGAUGGCAGCUCUCCACAGAAGUCGCUGCUAUGUUAAAACUGGAGACAGGAAGAGACCGUUCAAUAGGAAGGUCAGCACCAAUUUCCCUCCUGGACUGGUACAAUCUGAAGAAGGAACUUAUUCUGGUGUUGGAGAGGCCAGUGCCCGCAGUGGACCUCUUAAAAUACAUUGAAAAGAACAAAAAGCCUCUGGAUGAAAAUCAAGCUAAGAUCAUUAUAAAACAGCUGGUUCAUGCUGCUAAACAUCUGGAGGACAACAAGAUUUUCCACAGAGACAUCAAACCAGAAAACAUACUGAUUGAAACUGGAUCAGAAACGCCACGACUUCGCCUUAUUGACUUUGGGCUGAGUUGCUUUACCGACCAAACAUCAGACGGCUGCUUCUACGGCACAGAGAGAUUUGUUCCGGCUGAGUGGCUGUCCGAAGGCGUUUACGACGCCGGACCAGCAACCGUGUGGCAGGUUGGAGCGGUUCUGUACGAAACACUCCACAAGAAAGAGUUCAACUCUGUUAAGUUUGUCAAAAACAAACAAACAAUUAGCAAGCGGCUCUCCAGAGACUGUAGGAGUUUCCUACAGAAAUGUCUGACAAAGAACUCGGGGCGUCGUCCCACCUUAGAGGAGCUCCAGCAUCACCCUUGGAUCUGUUCCCCGGGACCACCCCCCGCUCGGAGAGGUCUCCUUCUCACACCAGCCCUGGCCACAGAUGCUCCUACCUGCAAGCGCUGGUGUCCGGCUCCCUGUGGAUACUCCCGUGGAGGGCGGACGCCCUUCUCCAGCCAAGGUGUGACCUGGAUAAACAUCCUCCUGAGGUCCGGAUCUGAACAAGGGUCCUCUUACGGAGGCUUUUGA